AUGGCAAGGUCGACGACGGAUGAUUUAAGGUUUGGCGACAUACCGCUCAAUAGUUGGAAUUUCUGCACGGAAACAGGUGACAACCAUACACCUGGUUCUUUAAACGAAAGAAAGUCAACACCACUUCCGAAUAAUCCCAGUGCAAUUUCUGAAAGUAAUAUUUACAAUCAUGCAAAUGCUAAUUACAAUAAAGAUGUAUUUUUAAAUCACCACACUUUUGAUGUUCCGUCUAGCGACUGUAUUACAAACAAAGAAGAAGAAGACAACUCGUACAACCUGAGUAAUGUAUCUCGAUGCAACAGCCGGAACUAUGGUAAUGCGAUGCUCAAAUUAGACAAUGGACAAUUAGUAAGAGUUUUUUAUGAUGAAAAUAAUCAACAACUAAUCUUCCCUAAAUCUGGUCAUUACGAACUUUUCAAUAAUAACCAGGGACUGUGCGAUAUGUCUUUGCAGCAGUCUAAUUUAUUUAAUAUGAAUCAAGACUUUACUACCAAUAAUAACAAUGUUCAUAUUCCACCAACAUCAAAUAUUCCAAAUAAUAUAUUUUCGCAAGAAAGUAUAAGCACACAAUCCAAUUUACCAACGUCUAAUUUUUUAAAGGAAGUUUUGGGUAACUGGGAACCAAACUCUACAGGCACUUAUUCGCCAUUUGGUCAGAACUACCCUCUGAAUCAUCCUGAUGCCCCAGCAAUGAAUAUCUUACCAAAUGGUAUUAAAAUGGAACCAACUGUUGCGCAAACUAUUAAAACAGAAAGUUCACCAAAGAGAAAUGAAAACUGUCCUUUAGCUGACACUAGCAACAAAAAGCGUAUUGUGGCUGAAGUAAAGCCAAUGCGUCCUUCAUACUCAGAUGUGUUAGCGAAGAAUGCGAAACCUAACUUGCAAGUAGAAAAUACUCGUAAAAUUAAUCCGCAGAAAGCUGAAACAAAAAGCAACAAGCUCCACUCAAAAACUGAUAAGCCACAGAAUACAAAGUAUAAUGAAGAUAAGCAUAAAAGUGAUAUAAAGCAGGCAAUCACUGUAUCCUCAGGCAGCGAGUCAGGCGACAUUAACACAGAUGAUACUGAGAGAAAUAAAAAGCAAAACAAGAAAUCCAAAAAUAAACACAGCAAUAUGUCUCGCAAAUGGUCAUCACUGGAUGAUAUAACCAAUGAUGGAGGUGCAGAAUUCAAAGAAGAUGACAGUCAGUUUGUGAUUAUAGAAAACAACUCUCAAAAAGCACAUAAAAAAGAAAAGAAGGUAGAAAACAAAUUAAAGAAUAAGGAAAAGAUUGGAAGCAUGGAAAAUGAUUUUAAACCUGAUGAGGAAGAUCCUCAAACUCAAUUUAUCCUUCAAGAUGGUCAAGCUGAAGUAUCUAGAACAAAGAAGAGGAAAGAAGGAAAGACCUAUCACAAAGCGUCCAAACCUACCCAGGAAAAGAAGAAAAUGAAUCAGACUAAAAUGAGAAGACAUAAGCCGGGAUACUUGGGACUGGCCCAAAACUGGUUAGAGCACUGGGGUGAUGUGACAUGGAAGGCUGUUGUGUGGUUCAUAUAUCUGCUAUCCGAUAUUUGUGGCAUGAGCUUCCAUCUUUCAUUUGACCUAUGCACUUCAGCCUUUACUCAAACAUAUAUAAGCUCCCAAGCAGUGUGGCGUAGCAGUAAGGAGUGGCUCUCCAAGAUCAGUGACAACAAAUAUCUCCUCUACAUUGACCGGAAGUUUGGACAUACUCGUUUUGGGUUCUGGAGAAAGCUAAAGUGGUUCAAAAAAAAAUCUGAAGUGGACAGCAACUCGGACUCCACAAAACUUAAUGCGAAUAUACCUUUGCCUGCCACUGGUGAGGAGGCUAUGAAACGAUUGCUUGCCUGCAAAGGAAAAGACCCAUACAGUAUCCUAGGAGUGAGUGUAACAUGCACGGACGAUGAGAUCAAGCGAUACUACCGACGCCAAGCAUUCCUGGUGCACCCCGACAAAAACCAACAACCUGGCGCUGAAGAAGCUUUUAAAAUAUUGCAACAUGCUUUCGACCUUAUUGGCGAACCGGAGCGACGUGAGGCGUACGAGCGUCGAGCAUUAGAGUCCCGACACGUGGAAGCCGCUUGGAGCGAGCUCAGUCAACUCCUCGCUCAGCUGCAAGACAAAAUGGAGUUCGCAGCGAACACUAUCAGGUGCACGAACUGCGGGCGGCGCCAUAAGCGCGUGCUGACGGAGCGGCCGUGCUACGCGGCGCGCUACUGCGCGCAGUGCAAGAUUCGACACUCCGCCAAAGAGGGUGACAUCUGGGCGGAGUCGAGUAUGAUGGGUCUGCUGGUGAUGUACUACGCGUGUAUGGACAGUGCCGUGUACCAGAUUACACAGUGGGCCAGUUGCCAGAAAAAGAACCUGAAGCAGUUGAGGCCGGACUGCCAUGUGGUGCAGUAUCGUAUUGUACUUGGCAACAAAGCGGCCGACGUCAACCAGAGAACUUCUACAGGACAUGAUCCCAACUUAGAAGAGUUUCUAAACAACUUGUACGGCAAGUCCGGGGUGCCGCCAAGUACUCCAAGCAAUGCAAAACAACCCGCCCCCGACUCCAAUGUGGACUCCAAAAAACGACGCAAUAAAAAACCCAAAGCCUGA